ACAGACUUUUACAGGAACCAUCACAACUGUUUUCAAUACAGAGUGGUACAUUCUGAAAAGUUUGUAAGAAAUGAGCCUAGACUAUACCAACACGGGAUGUGUAAACUGAGGUUGCCUCAUUCAAACUAGAAUAGUCGCGCUGAUAAAAUAAAGAAUAAAAAGACGCAUACAUUGGCGGAUACAGAGCCAUGUGCUCUGUACAUGGAAGCACCGCUACGUCAAAUUUACAUGGGCAAAACCACUAGGGAAUCAAACGUUGCUUUUCCCCUCUGCUCAAGAAAUGGUUUGGCUGAACGAGGAUUUUGUUACAACCUUCUAGCUAAAUGCUGUAUAUUGCAUGUACUUGGUCAGUCACACACUUGCAGUAACGUCUGGUGACAGUAAGUGUUCAUGAGGUUUCGCAUAGCCUACUGUUCAGAUCCUUUGUUGCCGAAAUCGAAGAUGACAUUACUUCGACAGAAGAUCAGCUUGCCAGGGACUGGCUAAAAAGGAAGACAGACUCCCCCACCACCAGAAGACAUAGGCCAAUGGUACUGUAGCUGUUUGUCAGGCAACAAGAUCCUUACUUAAAAUGGCUUUCCGCUGCCAUCUCCCGAACUGGAAUAACCUGGAGCAGAGCUUCACCCUACCAUGGUGAUCAUCUUGACAAAAACACUACAGAAGAAGAACGGUGUCAAUGAUGUAAGGUCUAGGAACACUGAAUCUUUUCUGCCGCGAGAGCUCCACACCAUGAGCAGAGGGACCACCCUCUUCUCCUGCGGGACUGUGGAGGCAGACAGGUGGCUGGAACUGGGCAGAGGCUGUGCCGUUCAGCCAAGCAGUCCAUGCCAGUCUGGCCCCAGCCUGAAGAGCCUGUGGGACAUUUUGCCCAAAGAGUGCCAGCAGAGAAGCAGGAUCUGGGACCAUGAAGUGGGAACUGCCACCGACAUCACCAGUCGAAUCCGAGACCUGAACGUGAGCGAUGCCAAGUUCACAGCCACUCACUCCCUUCCCCUCCUCACUUCCAAAGCGCCCCCUAGCAAGCGUCAGUGCCGCUCACUGUCCUUUUCUGAAGAGUUUGAGGGCUGUCGGUCGUCAUGGAGACGGCAAGGAUCGCGUGUGUGGACGGAGGUGGAGAAGAGGAGGUGCCACAGUGGGGGGAGUGUGCAGCAUUGCUCUCAAGGGGGUGUACUAGGUGGUGGCGUUUGUUCAAGAGAAAUUCCCACAAUACAACGGAGCUCCAGUUUAAGCCUGCCCUCCUGCUCAAACAACCCCACAAAUAGCCCCCUGGAGCUCCCCUGCUUCACGCAGCAUCUACCCCUGUACCACCAGUUUAACGCCUCCCCUCCCCCCCCCUCCCACCAGUGCUACCUCAGGCCCCUCUCCCUGUCCCAUGAGCAGAUCUGCCUGCCAGAGAACCACAGACAGGAGUCUAGCUCGCCAGACUCACCAGAGUUGGGAAGCUGUUCUGGGCGCAGAGCAAGGGGAAAAGGGGGUCUGUCACGAAGUAAGUCCCAACCAUGUGUCCUGAAUGAUAAGAAGAUCGGCAUGAAACGCAGGAGACCAGAGGAUACUCAGGAAUCUCGGCCCUCCUUGGACCUGGCCAAGAUGACUCAGAGACUUCAGACCUUCCACAGCUUGAGCUGCCCUGGUUGCUCUGGUCUGGACACCUGUCAGUCAAACUUGCACCCAUUAUUCUCCAGGAGUUGGAGUCAAACGGAAUCGGACUUCUGUCCGUCUGACUUAGGUACAGAGACUCAUCAGGAAGUUGACGAUGAAGAGGAGGAUUCUUCCUAUGAGGAGCUGGACAGUGACUCUGCAUGUAGCCUGGAUUCCAGAAAUGGGUCACCAUCAGGAGAAGGGGGUGUGAGGAUGGGUGAGGGACACACCAUCUGGAAGGAUGAGUGUGGUAUUGAGAAGGACAUCUACCAGCUGGGGGGAGAGCUGGACAUUGACCAGAUUGAGAGGAACUGAACUCUCAAAUUUGAAAAGGUGUUCAGAUAAUGGAUUGUGUAAUAAUUUUUGAAGGUUGAGGAAUGUUUGUGAAUGUUGCGGAAAGGCAGAGAAUCUUGAACUUCAUAUUGCUGAGGUUGCUUUACAUACAAUGCAUUCCGUAAGUGUUGGGACGGAGACACGUUUUGUUUUUUUGGCUCUGUACUCCAGCACAUUGGAUUUGAAAUGAGACCAUGACUAAGGUUAAAGUGCAGACUGUUAGCAUUCAUUUCAUGAUAACACUAUGUGAAGUGACGACAGCCAUUUUAUAUAUAUACAGUAGCCCCCCAUUUUAGGGGACCAGAAGAAAUGUGGCAUAUUUUGCCAUUGGUUGGAAAUCUUUUAUUUGCUGACUGAAGUCUACGAACAAGGACGGGACAAAGCAUAAGGGACAUAAACGGUCGCUUAGAGGCCCCGACCACUAGCUAGGAGAGAGGGGGCCCCCAAUCAGAUUUUGCUUAGGGCCCCCAAAAGGUUAGAGCCGGCACUGUCUACAACCCAGAGAUAUCACCAGAUGCUGGGUAUUUUCCCCUGGUGAUUGCCUAUACUGCAGCCAUCAUCAGUUUAUUUUUUGUUUCCAUUGGAUUCAGGUCAGAACUCACUUGGCCAGACAAGAACAUUCCACUUUUUGGCCCUCCACCUUAUUUCACAGAUAAGUUGGGAUGUCAGUUCCUUUUUUUCUCCACCCUUUCCUCUUGCCAUAACAUUGAUACAUGUUCAUUUUGUCUCUUCUAUCCACAAUAACUUUUCCAGAACUAUGCAGGCUAUUUUUGGUAUUUCUUUAAGGCUAUACUGUUUGUAAAGCUAACUAGUGUUUUAAAUUGGGUGACCAUGUAUAAAAUAUGCUUUUAUUUCUAAAUGGGUCAUCAGAUAUGGAUGAUAAUAACAGCUGAGAGUCUGCACUUUAACCCCAUCAUUAUUCUAUAAUUUUAAAUCCAAAGUGCUGGAGCAAAGAGACAAAAAGAACAACUUACUGACCAAAACACUCACCAUAUACUGCACUGUAUGAUAGGUGGAUAUUCAGCGGAUUGAAAGGACCUUAGAUGAAACAACACCUUUUUAGAAACGUACGGGGAUUUUUACAAAGGCAGUGGCAGACAUGGGAUGUUGUGUUGCAUGAAACGUCAGUUAAAGACAAAGCCAGGGAAUUGUUGAUAGAAAUGGUUGUUCGUUGACUUUUUGCAUCUCUACUUUGAACUGUCAGGUUCUGCUGGAUGAAUGGUUGUCUUUGGCAAUCGAACAGCGGCGGCUUUCUGUUGGUGCCUUGCAGCGCGAGGAUUUCAGGUGUACCUGCACAUAAAACUGUACUGAACUAACCAUACGGUUUAAGUACUGUAGCAUUAGCAGCCGGAGUAUGUUAUUACUUUUUAUUUUCUCUACCAUGCUGGGGAAUGUGACUGCCUGAGACAGAAGAAUGAAUUAGACCAGAGAAUAACUAUGUUCUUAUAUAAACCUCCACUUGAUUGUUUUCUUCUACUGUACAUAUAGGACGACCAUAUCCUGAUGAAUUCAAGUUGACCCCCCCCCAGCCCCUACUGUGUGACAUUUUAUAUUUUCUAAUAUGCAAAAUGUAUAUUUGAAUAAACACUGAAUUUUAAGUCUUGA